GUUCCUUCCCGACUUUUUUGGAUCAAUCAAACAGACAGUGGCUUCUUUUGAUUAAAGCCCAAAUUGUCAUUGGGCAGAAGCAAUCAUGUGACAGCCAAUUCGGUCCAAUUUCAACCUUGUCUCCAUGAAUUCAAUAGUUUAAUAGUAGCGCGGUCCCCAUACGGCUGUAAUCAGUGAAUUAGAAAAAAAACACCCCAGCAGCGAUCUUCUAUGAUAGAUUUUUUUUUCCUCCGCUCUUGCCUUUUUUCCUGGGCCUUGCCCCCCCAAAGCCCCUCCAGAAGAGGGAACUUUUUCUCCAAGGGGGCUCCAAGGAGAAGGCCAUGAAUUACGAAUUUGAGCGAGAGAUUGGUUUUAUCAAUAGCCAGCCGUCGCUCGCUGAGUGCCUGACAUCUUUUCCCCCUGUCGCUGAUACAUUUCAAAGUUCAUCAAUCAAGACCUCGACGCUUUCACACUCGACACUGAUUCCUCCUCCUUUUGAGCAGACCAUUCCCAGCCUGAACCCGGGCAGUCACCCUCGCCACAGCUCUGGCGGCCGCCCCAAGCCGAGCCCCGUGGGCAGCCGCGGCAGCCCGGUGCCCGCAGGCGCCCUGCAGCCGCCUGAGUACCCCUGGAUGAAGGAGAAGAAAGCAGCCAAGAAAACCGCUCUGCCGCCCGCCUCGGCCACAGCCGCCGCCGCCACCGGCCCUGCCUGCCUCAGCCACAAAGAAUCCCUGGAAAUUGCCGAUGGCAGCGGCGGGGGCUCGCGGCGCCUGAGAACUGCUUACACCAACACGCAGCUUUUGGAGCUGGAAAAAGAAUUUCAUUUCAACAAGUACCUUUGCAGACCCCGAAGGGUGGAGAUUGCAGCGCUGCUGGAUUUGACUGAGAGACAAGUGAAAGUGUGGUUUCAGAACCGGAGGAUGAAGCACAAGAGGCAGACCCAGUGCAAGGAGAACCAGAAUAGUGAGGGGAAAUUUAAAAGCCUGGAGGACUCCGAGAAAGUAGAGGAGGAGGAGGAGGAAGAGAAGUCACUCUUUGAGCAAGCCCUGAGCGUCUCUGGGGCCCUUCUGGAGAGGGAAGGUUACACUUUUCAGCAAAAUUCUCUCUCUCAGCAGCAGGCUCCCAAUGGACACAAUGGUGACUCCCAAAGUUUUCCAGUUUCGCCUUUAACCAGCAAUGAGAAAAAUCUGAAACAUUUUCAGCACCCGUCACCCACUGUUCCUAACUGCCUGUCAACAAUGGGCCAGAACUGUGGCGCUGGCCUAAACAAUGACAGUCCCGAGGCCCUUGAGGUCCCCUCUUUGCAGGACUUUAACGUUUUCUCCACAGAUUCCUGCCUGCAGCUUUCAGAUGCAGUCUCGCCCAGUUUGCCAGGUUCCCUGGACAGUCCCGUAGAUAUUUCAGCUGACAGCUUUGACUUUUUUACAGACACACUCACCACAAUCGACUUGCAGCAUCUGAAUUACUAAAAACAUUAAAGCAAAACAAAGCAUCACAAAACAAAAACCCCUUUGGCCAGGUGGUUUUGCCUUCUUUAAUUCCGGGAGUUGAUUUUUAUUUUAUUUUCUUCUUGACCUAUCCCCUCCUUCCUUUAAAUGUUGAGGAUUUUCUGUUUAGUGAUUCCCUCUGACCCAGUUUCAGAGCCAUCUUUUAUAGAUUAUUUUGGAGUUUUAGUUAUUUUAAAUUUAACCCAGCCACUCUCUAUGUCAUUUCCUGAAAGCAAUCUAUGAGGCCUGCAAGAAAGUGAUCAUAUAAUGGUAUCUUCACUUUCUUUUUAUUUUUGUAUUACAUUAGGAUGCAUUGUCAUGCGUAUUUUUGGUAGAAUAAAUUCUCCUUUGCUACAAGUAGCUUUCUAUUUUUUUCUCCCCCUCUUUCUCAUGGCUCAUAAUGGUUUCUUUUUCUUCUUUUUAGUCUAACUUGGUAAAUAAAAUUCUAGUCACAAUUUAUCUUCUUUUUCAAUUUUAGUACGUUUAUUAAGGGGCAUGUUUAAAGUCUUCUUUAGACAGCAUCAACAAUAACAAAAGAAAGCCAGAAGAUGGCUACGGCUUCUGAGAAAUGUUUUUUGUUUUGAAUGGAAUAGAUUUGGUUUCAGCGUAGAGGUUCUAGCCAUAGAUUUGAAUGGGCAAUAGAAACAGGAUGGGGCAGAGAGAAGGGCCAAACUGAAGCUUUUCAAAGUGGAGAAAUAAAGUGCCUACAGAAACCUCCCACUCCAGCAAAGAGGAACGUGGAGUUUCUUUAACAAGCUACCAGUCUCCAGGUCAAUAACUAAGUUACCAGCAAUUCAUUUAUUUGUACACGUUUGUUUAAAACAUCUACAUUCCAGCCCCUCCCCCACAACCCCCCCUCCCCACACACACAUUU